ACUAGUUGCUCAGUGCUUAAUUCUGGCUAUUUACACCCUAAAGGAAGCUUGGGUACAGGGAGAUCAGCCUUGUUUUAAUUUGAUGUUGGUGUUUGAUGUCUCUUGUGAAAGGGAUGCCAAGGCACUCAAUAAAGCAGUUGGAAUUGCUCAAUUUAUCAUAAGCCAGCUAAAUGCGGAGCAAUCAGGCCGAGAAAGAACAGGACCGGCACUCAAAGUAGGUGUUGUAGCAUUUGAUAAGGAUGCAAAGGUUUACUUUAAGAUGGAAUUCUAUGAUGAAAAUGCUGAUAUUUAUGGCCAAAUUAUCAAAGAAAUAAAUCCUAGAAAGAAUAAAUGCAAACCAAAAACUGAUGUAGCCUUAAGGUCGCUGUAUGAAGAUCACAUGCAAU